UCCCCCUCUCCGCCUGUGCUUUCUCUGGUUCUUCCGGCUUUCCUCCUCUGCUUCUGAUGAAUUGAAAUCUCCGAGAGCCACGGCGGCUCUGGUAGUUUUGCAAAACUGUCCUUGCUCUUCCUGCGUUUGCCCAGUCAAGGGUGUCUUUGCCUGAGGUCGCUGUGAUGCUGUUAGUCCUGGUGAUGAUUGCAUAGCAACACAGAGCAGCUCCGAGAGGGAGGAGGAGGAGAAGGAGAAGGAGGGCAGGGAGGUGGGAGAGACAGAGGGAGAGUGUGCACACAGCAGCUGUCGGCAUCCCUGUCUCAGGGACUUCUUUGCUGAUUCACAAAGGCAGCCCAGCCCUGGCCUCCGAGCUGCCAGCUACCGCCUGCUUCCCAGACCUGCCGGAAUCAGAAGCUACAGAAUAUUCCCUUGGGUGAGAGGCAACCACAAUAGAUAACAUUUGACUCGCUUACUAAAGGCCAGAAACUAUAAAUGAACUUGCAACAAGGCUACAAGGUGCUUUAUGUUCAACAGUAGGUGCAGUGCCCAUUCUCACCCCCCAUGAGCCUUUGUUCUGAUGCAACCGAUGGUCAUGCAGGGAUGCCCUUACACCCUCCCACGAUGUCAUGAGUGGAGGGCAGCUGACCGCUUCCACCACAGCAGCAGCCUCCGAAGCACCUGCCCCCAGGCUCAGGUUAGAGCUGCCGUCACCACCCCUGCACCUCCUCAAGAUGGUGCCGGGGUUCCCUGCUUAAGUCCAAAGCUGUUGAACGGGUCUGUUGGUGCCGCUGGCCCCCUGGAACCGGCAGCCAUGAAUCUGUGUUGGAAUGAAAUCAAGAAGAAGAGUCACAACCUCCGUGCUCGCCUGGAGGCCUUUGCGGACCACAGCGGAAAACUCCAGAUCCCUCUCCAAGAGAUUAUCGACUGGCUCAGCCAAAAAGAUGAGGAGUUAUCAGCUCAGCUUCCCCUACAAGGGGAUGUGGCCCUGGUGCAACAGGAGAAGGAGACACACGCGGCAUUUAUGGAAGAAGUCAAAUCUCGGGGCCCCUAUAUCUACUCUGUACUGGAGUCAGCCCAGGCCUUCCUGUCCCAGCACCCCUUUGAGGAGUUAGAGGAGCCUCAUUCUGAGAGCAAAGAUACCUCCCCUAGACAGCGGAUCCAGAAUCUUAGCCGCUUUGUGUGGAAGCAGGCGACAGUGGCCAGUGAGCUAUGGGAGAAGCUGACAGCCCGCUGUGUGGACCAACACCGCCACAUUGAACGCACUCUGGAGCAGCUGUUGGAGAUCCAAGGGGCAAUGGAGGAAUUAAGCACCACUCUGACCCAAGCUGAGGGAGUCCGAGCCACUUGGGAGCCCAUUGGCGAUCUCUUCAUUGAUUCACUCCCAGAGCACAUCCAAGCUAUUAAGCUCUUCAAAGAAGAAUUCUCCCCCAUGAAAGACGGAGUGAAGCUAGUGAAUGAUCUGGCCCACCAGCUCGCCAUUUCAGAUGUGCACCUGUCAAUGGAAAAUUCCCGGGCCCUGGAACAGAUCAACAGCCGAUGGAAACAGCUACAGGUGUCAGUUGGUGAGAGGCUUAAGCAACUCCAGGAUGCCCACCGGGACUUUGGGCCGGGGUCACAGCACUUCCUCUCCUCCUCUGUCCAGGUUCCCUGGGAAAGAGCAAUUUCACCCAAUAAAGUUCCCUACUAUAUCAACCACCAGGCUCAGACCACAUGCUGGGACCAUCCCAAGAUGACAGAGUUAUACCAAACCCUAGCUGAUCUGAACAACAUUAAGUUCUCAGCUUAUCGCACUGCCAUGAAGCUCCGCAGAGUCCAGAAGGCCCUGCGCUUGGACCUAGUAACUUUAACCACAGCCCUGGAGAUCUUCAAUGAGCAUGAUCUGCAGGCCAGUGAGCAUGUCAUGGACGUGGUGGAGGUCAUUCACUGCCUGACUGCCUUAUAUGAACGCUUGGAAGAGGAAAGAGGCAUUCUGGUCAAUGUGCCACUCUGUGUGGACAUGAGCCUCAACUGGCUCCUCAAUGUUUUUGAUAGUGGUCGGAGUGGAAAGAUGCGGGCAUUGUCCUUUAAGACCGGCAUCGCAUGCCUGUGUGGCACGGAAGUGAAGGAAAAACUUCAGUACCUCUUCAGCCAAGUGGCCAACUCAGGCAGCCAGUGUGACCAGCGCCACCUCGGUGUCCUGCUUCAUGAGGCCAUUCAGGUGCCCCGUCAGCUGGGUGAAGUGGCGGCCUUUGGAGGCAGCAAUGUGGAGCCCAGCGUCCGUAGUUGCUUCCGUUUUAGCACUGGAAAGCCAGUCAUUGAAGCGUCCCAGUUCCUGGAGUGGGUCAACUUGGAGCCGCAGUCCAUGGUGUGGCUGGCUGUUCUGCAUCGGGUCACCAUUGCUGAGCAAGUGAAGCAUCAGACCAAGUGCUCUAUCUGCAGGCAGUGCCCCAUCAAGGGGUUCAGGUACCGGAGUCUGAAACAAUUUAACGUGGACAUCUGCCAGACCUGCUUUUUGACAGGCAGGGCCAGCAAAGGCCAUAAGCUCCACUAUCCCAUCAUGGAGUACUACACACCGACCACAUCCAGUGAGAACAUGAGGGACUUUGCCACAACCUUAAAGAACAAAUUCCGCUCAAAGCAUUAUUUCAGCAAACACCCUCAGCGAGGUUAUCUGCCUGUGCAAUCAGUGCUGGAGGCUGACUACAGUGAGACGCCGGCUUCUUCCCCCAUGUUGCCGCAUGCUGACACGCACUCUCGCAUCGAGCAUUUUGCCAGCAGGCUGGCCGAGAUGGAAAGUCAGAAUUGCUCCUUCUUUAAUGACAGCCUGUCCCCAGAUGACAGCAUAGACGAGGACCAGUACCUGCUGCGGCACUCCAGCCCCAUCACAGACCGGGAGCCAGCCUUUGGACCACAGGCUCCGUGCAGCAUGGCCACAGAAAGCAAGGGGGAGCUAGAGAAGAUCCUGGCCCACUUAGAAGAUGAGAACCGGAUUCUCCAGGGAGAGCUGAGGCGCCUGAAGUGGCAGCACGAGGAGGCGGCUGAGGCCCCCAUGCUGACGGAGGCCUCCGCCGACACCGCACAGGACCACCGCAAUGAGGAGCUUCUGGCUGAGGCCAGGAUCCUUCGGCAGCACAAGAGCCGCUUGGAGACACGCAUGCAGAUCCUGGAAGACCACAACAAGCAGCUGGAGUCGCAGCUGCAGCGCUUGAGGGAGCUGCUCCUACAGCCACCUACUGAAUCAGAUGGCAAUGGCUCUGCAGGCUCAUCUCUAGCUUCCUCUCCACAACAGUCAGAAGGCAGUCACCCCCAGGACAAAGGACAGACAACUCCAGACACUGAGGCUGCAGAUGAUGUGGGGUCAAAGAGCCAGGAUGUCAGCCUGUGCUUGGAAGACAUCAUGGAGAAACUCCGCCACGCCUUCCCCAGUGUGCGAAGCUCUGAUAUGACUGCCAACACCCUGCUGGCCUCUUGAUGGAGCCAGAUCCUCAUCCUGUAAUCCACAGUCCUCUUCUGGUUCCAGUCAAUGCCUUCCCUCAGACUUUACCCAACCUUUCCAGCUCCCACUGGCCCCAUAUUCCUCAAUCAGAGUUAUUUGGGCUCCGCACAGCAGCAGAGAUCUGGUGGUAUGUUAAGUGUGUGUGGGAGACCCAGGGAAGCGGGGAGGCAUGAUUCCUCUCACUCUAGAAAUGUGCCCCUUGAUCCUCAAGUUUGAGACAUGUCCUUUAAGUACUCCUCUGUUGUAGCCCAGGCAGGUGGCACUUGGCCACUCCCAUGGGAAGCAGAGAAGCUGCCUUGUAUAGUUAAAGCAAUGUCCAUAGAAUUAUGUACAGGGAGAAGUCUAAUGACCCCAAGCUUCCAACAUUAUGAAUCCAUGGGGGUUAGUCCUACUCUCUGGCCUAACUCAAGGAGGCAAAAGGAUAUUCCUGAGACACAUCCUUCCCAAAGUGCCCCUGAAGAAGUCUAGACAAUGUGUCCUGUCACUUCCACUCCAGGGCAUAGAUCUAGCCCUCCUAAUGCUACCUAGAUAUUGUUUCCUCCUCAAAUAUCUUCAGUUUUUUCUGCCUCAGUCCUUGGUAGGUGUUACUCAAGGGGACAACCAUUGAUUAUAGUUCCCACUUUCAUAUUACGUCUGGAAAUAUUAAAGAAAUACUUAUGGGUUUAGAUACUUUUCCCCUGAUCCUUCUCUUUCUUGAAGUCCUCAGCAUCAUGAAAGAUCUGCUGAGUUGCUCUGGACACCCAGAUAAAACCACCCUUUGUUCCUCUGAGUCUGUCCUCACAGACUGGGAGAAGAACAGCAGCUUGCUUGGCAAGGGAGGGAGGGGUUUUGCUUUCCUGAUACGAGGAAGGGGAAGCCACCCUCUAGCCUCAAAGGACAGGAGAGCCCAACACCCUUCCAGUCUGUGACCCUCCUGACUCUUAGGCUCGAUCAGGUGAGGUGGCUGAUUGCCCCAGCUAAUCAUCAGACAGGUACACCUGGCCAGCCCAAGUAGCAGCUCCUUGCAGGAAGCUGCUGGCCACAAAUCAGGAAGCUGGCCACUUUCUACCCAGACAACAGCAAGGUCUUCCUGCACAUAAACUUGAUCUUUCUAACUCUGGAAGGUUAACUCCAUCUUCAUACUGAACUAACUCUUCCUAGGUAACAUAUACCAUGACCCCUUCAUCUUCAGCUCCAGAACCUGUGCAGAGUUGACAAUGGGGGGUGGUGGAGUGGGCUUGGGAACUUUGAACAGAGUCAGAGCCCACUUAGGCAGCCUCUAUCAUGAGGAGCUUGCCCACCAGAGCACAGCAGUCAACUUCAUUUGCCUAAGUUUAUAUACAUACAUAUCUACAUAUCUACUGUCCAUCAGUGCUCUCCUGGCCUCACUCACACAUUAAAUUCUAAUACCUCUUGAAGUAUUAAUGUUCUGUCUUGCUCUUUGUUAGCCCCAGUCUCUGGUUGGCAAGAUAGAUGCAUCCUGGCUGCUCUCCAAGAUGUCUCUGUCUGUUGAUGUUUGGGGUGGGCUGUCCUUAAGACCAAAGCAACAGACACCUGUGGCCACAGGUGACCCUAACAGGAAGAAGCACUCUGUUCUCUACUCUCAUUCCAAGCCUUGUUCCCUUGAGACCUGGGCCUUGGGUGUGUUUUCCUGGGCUUCCUUAAACCAUGAUUCAGGUGCCAAAAUAGAGCAGAUCUAAGUUCAACUCACCCCACACAGAAAAGAAAGAGCAAAGAAGCUUUGCCAAGCUAAGACACAGAGUACAUCCUCUAGCCCCUUCCAAUUCCUAAGGUCUGGCUCAGGUCCUUCAAGAAAGCAGCAGUUGCUACUAAGACCAGGAGGGAGGGAGGCAGUUGGACUGUUGUGUUACAAUUAAGCACUGGGCCAACUGCUGGGAACCUAGAUUGAUUGGCUACAUAGGAGAAAAGGCAGUGGCUUGGGUCCAAAAAUCUAGGAUUGCCUUCUUUUCCACUAAGCCACAGGCUCAGAGGGUCACACUUCAUGUUAUAACAUCUGCUUUAGUGUGCUUGAAGUCUGUGGGGGGUGGGUAGCGAACUGGGUAUUGAGGCAUGGUGAGCUCGUGGUAGACAGGCAUCAAACACAGAACCUGUGCAUCAGACUGGGGGUGUCUUUGUAGGGGCCUAUAUUGUGAGCAGGAAUGAGAUAGAAAUUUGCAGUGGACAGAGGGCUCAGAGACUUUGAGGCAUGGGCCUGCCCAAGCCUUAGGAGGGCCGAUAUUAUAGAAGAAACUUUUAUCUGGAAAAUCCUUCCCAUAACCACCACCCCACCUGGGAGCUCUUGGGCUGCUUAGGGCCUGUGGCAACUUGCAGUGGUCUGGGCAUGGGAGAAAAGAUGAAGUUCUUGUCAUGUAGGACUCGUGCUGGAGGUGGACUGAAGCAGCAGGUCAAACGUUGAAUCCUCACUAAGAGCAUCACUAAUAUCUUGUGAUCCUGGUGUUUCCCUUAAUGCCUGAGGCGAGAAUACGGCACAGAGAUGCAGUGACAGUCACUGUAGCAUAUAGCAAUGUGCCCACAGUGAGGUAAUGGAUCCUUGGACGUUGUGCAUCCAAAUUAGGAUUGGAUUUAUCGAAAUGUGCUACAUGUUGUUAGGCAUCUGCUGUGCAUCCUGUCUCCUAAAGGCAUUGUGUGUGGUGCUGUGUAGUGUGCGGCCCUGAGCUGGAAGGGAGGUGAAGGGAGUUGCUGGUGCAUUCGCUUAGGGGAAAUCUUUUCUGACUUUUGAGGUAAGCCUCAGUGAUGAGUAAUGUGAGUGUCUUUUUUGAAUAGUUUCGGGGGACAGCUAGGACUGAUAGAUGAUUUAUUCGUGACAGAAUCUGAUAGAGGCCAAGAAGCCAUUGUAAGGCUUUGCCACAGCUGGGGCAGAGUGGGUUUCUGAUGAUUGAGAAUUGUUAAGGAAGGCUACCUGGCUGGGGCACAUCGGCUGUGGCAUGGCUCCCUGCGGAUGCUCUCUCCCAGAAUGGAAAGGCUGCCAUCACGGCUCCCGCAUGCUCAUUUCAUUCAAGGCCCAGCGCUGGAAAGUAUUUCCCCCCAGACAAAGGUGUUUGGGUUUCUGGUGCUCCCGGGAACUGGGCUGACAGGCCACAUUAACAGGAAACUCGGGGGCCAGGCAGAAGCCAGUCCUGGGAGAUGUUUUCCCUCCAGAUUCAUUCGAAGGAACACCCAAGCUGCCUGGGUGUGUGUUUGGGUUCUGGGCUCCAUCUUCAGCUGCAAGCUGGAGCAUUCUUGGACCUUGCACUCUCCCUGGCAGAGUCGUAGCCUCUGGGACCAUUUCAGGCCAGGAACCUCCUCAAAUUUCCCCGGACAUAGGUGAGAGAUAACCAAGAAAGUAAGUCUUUGCCUUAACACCACCAAGAGUCCCAGGAGAGAAACUAGGGGCCUUGCCCUAGGGCUGCGGAAGCUUAGCCCCUCAGCUGGGCAGCCCUAUCUCUGGGCCUUGUUGCUAAAAAUCAGGCCUUGGGAACAAAGUAAUACUUCAGCUACUUCUCACUCUUUUGAAACCAAUGGCUGUGGGAAAGCAAAAUGCUCAAGGCCAAGACUUGGUUCUCAGUGCCGGUCUCCUCCCACAGCUGUUGCACUUGGGAGGGUACCUGCUGAAUGUCCUUGCUGUCCCCAGGGCAGUAUUGAGGCCAGAGCGAAGUGUGCUGUGCUGUUUACUGGUCGCAAGAGCUGGUCACAAGGAUGGGGACUGAGGAAGGGGCCUGGGGGAGGUGGCAAGGGUGGCCUGCAAAUCUAGAAAAGUUGGGGAUAAAGGAGCAGGCUGGGAACAAAUUGAUUAACUUUCUUGCCACUCACUGUGGUGCUUUCCCCCUUGUCCUUGACUUCUGCUUUGAAAAGAAUAAAUUUGUAUUUGUUUACUUUC